AUGAUAGAAAAUUUUAAUGAUCAUGCAGAACGAAAAGUGAAAAAUGAGUUUAAAUAUCUCAAAGAUUCCAUUAUAGAUCUGGAAUACGGAAUGCGUAUGUUCCAUAAAAAGCUAGAGAAUAUUGUCGAACAAUGUCAGUAUAUAUAUUCAGAUAAUUAUGAUUAUAAUACCGAUACAUCAGAUUCAAAUUGUUCUGAUAUUUUAUCCAAUGUUGUUUCAGUAAAAAAGAUACAUGAAGCAAGUGUCAAGACUAUUACCAAAGUCACCACAACUGAAACGGAUCUUAGACGCGAUUCUCAAUUCAGCACUUUGUCAAUAGUUGGGAAGAUGGGAAAGCAACUUAAUAUCCAGUCUCAAGAAAUUAUUGAUGAAGAAAUAUCAGAUGUUGAUAAUGGAGAGGGUAAAGAUAAUCAACUGAGGGAUAAGAGCAUUGUCAUGGUAGAAGGAUUCCAAAAAAGACCUAUCGAAGUUGACACUGAAGAAACAAAUACAAUGCAAGAUAUAUCGCCUAUUAAGAAAGUAAAAAAGGAAGUUAAAAAUGAGGAUUUCCAGAUGCUGAAACGACUUAUUAAAGAGUUAACUAGUAAUAGUCCGCAUGUAUCUGAAAUUAGCAAAGAAGCGGUAUCUGGGUCAUCUGAAGAUUUACUUUAUUUAUAUAAUAAUAUUACUAAUUCUGAAUUGCAAAAAGAGAUUGCAAGUAGAGAAGUUAUCAGGUCAUAUUUUUUGUUUGGAAAAGUGGUAUCGUAA